GGACGGAUGGAAUACACCGGUUAAGGUAUAGUGUUGAAUAAAGGGGAUGUGCUUGUUUUCUUUUGCCAGGGAACUUAAAAAGAAGAGGCUGUUAAGAUGCCAGAGACUGGCGGCGCAUCAGUUGUUUCCAAGAAGGGUCUGACACUCGAUGACCUCAUCGCGGCCAUCGACCGACAUGAAAGGAACCCGAGCAACAUCCCAAAGGUCGAUACUUUUCAUUUCUGUGGGGAGGGAGUCUCAGAAUGGCUAGAGCGGGUGGAACAAGCUUUGGUCGGGCGGCCAGAUGUUGUAAAGUUUCAACGCAUCCUUCAGUAUGUCCUCCACAGCUACCAUCAGGAGGUGAAGAAAGUCAUAGAUGCGGCUCAAGGUAGCUGGGAGAGGUUCAAGGAGGGGAUGCADAGGAAAUACCGCCUGGGARAYGGGUUGUURACUACCACRGWCCUUGAAGCRAUGAACAAAGAGGAUUUUACGACUAUAGGRGYCUUUGUUCAAGAAUUUAAGAAGAGGGYGCGGAAGGUCCAUGGGAUUUCGGAGGAAGCACAGUGCGCCAUCUUCCUGGGGCUACUCACAGCAUCGGAGGCCGUCGAAUUGACGAGACAUGAAGGAGGUAGCACUAAGCUCACCUGGGCCACCAUUGACAGAGGGGUGGAAGUUGGGUGCUUGGACCAGGUAGAACAACGUCAGGUACGCCUGCAAAGACAGAAGAGAAAGGAAAGAGAUGCGACCGCUCCUGGGACCCCAGGAGUAACAAGGAUUGUUACAGACGUAUUGGCACAACUAGGGUAUGCGACAGAGCCAGUGGUGCAAAGGAGGGUGGUGACGACUGUUAAAGUAAAAGGAAAAGAGCCAGUGAUAGAGGAGGCUGGUCAGGAGGAGCUCUGGGAAGAGGAAGAGCCCGUGCCGCAGCACCUGACGAAGGUCCAGCGCAAGGAAAAGGAGAAACCACCGUAUGGGGUGGAAGAAGUGGGGAGCGAUAAGGAAGUGACUCAAGGGCUGCGAGGAGGAAGUGAGACGGAAGAGGCCAUAAUCAUCGAGUCAGAUGACGAGGAUGAGGAGGAAAGAACGGAGCCUCUGUCUGUCUUAUUUGAGAAGAUGGAGGACUUGCUGGAUAAGAUGGGGAGGUACCAACAGAAGUUGGUAGACCUCUGUGAAGGAGUGAAAGGAUGGAAGUCUAAUGUCCCCACAGUAUUCCUCUAUGACUCCGGCCCGGAGUCAGCGCCUGGGCGACCCGGAGUAAAUGUGGUGGGGUCGUGCCCUCAACCAGGAAUGAGGGGGAGACCCCUCACUCCGCAGGCCCGGCUGGCACAGGCAGCGCGAAUGAGGAAUCAAGCCAAGGCCAGUACCAGCCAAGAGCCUCCAAGGGGGGAACACGAACCAGGGAGAAGGAAAGAGGCUGUGGAAGUAGAGGACGACGGUGACGAAGAGGAAGAGGACGAGAGGCUGCGCAGAGAAAAGGAUCAGAGAGCGCAGCAGCGGGCAACGAAAAAGGGAACCAGGGGAGAGGCCGAACCGGUCAUACAUGACGGACAGCCCAAAAAGAAGAAAUACGCGGUCCGGUUGGAAGAGGGAUUUGAUGUAGAGAAGGUGAUUGACCGGCUGCUGGAAGGGCAUAAUGACCUCAUGACCCUGAAGGAAAUCCUAGCGUCAGCCCCGCGACUCCGCGAUGAACUGAAGGGGAGGUUAUCACGGCGCCUGGUGCCCAAAGUCCAUCUUGGUACGAUUUUGCCCAAGGAGGCAGAGUCAGGUACGAAGAUGGACUGGAAGUGCGUAGCCUGCGAUACGGAAGACUUGAUGGUGAAGGGUUCCAAGUGCGCAGCAAUGGUGGACACCGGGGCAGAGAUGAACAUUAUUCGGGAGGCAGACGCGAUCAGAUUCGCACUGGAUAUAGACCGUUCUAACUGCGGUAUUCUGCAUGGAGCCAGCUGUAAGGCCAUGUUUUGCGGGACAACCUCGAAUGUGCUCGUCGAGGUUGGAAGGGUGAAGGUCAGGGCAUGUUUCUUCAUAAUGCCAGACAUGGACCAUGGAAUCCUCCUGGGAAGGGCCUUCGUCAAGAACUUUGCCGCUAAGACUGAACACCUGAGGAAGUUAGUCCGUCAGGAUCAGGAAUGGGUAUGGGGUGAGGAACAAGAAGAGGUGGUGGCAAAAAUGAAAGAGGAAUUCCGAGAAGGAGGGUUGGUGUUAGGAGCGCCAGAUUAUGACGCCGCAGAGACGCGACCCUUCAUUGUCGAAACGGAUGCGGGACCGACCGCCUUAGGGGAAGUUCUAAUACAGGCAGACAUGGAAGGAAAGGAAAGGCCCUUGCGAUUUGAGAGCCGGACUCUCAGUACGACAGAGAGGAACUACUCUCAGUUCAAGAGGGAGACCCUUGCUGUCCUCCACUGUCUGCGAAUCUUCCGGAACUAUGUCCUUGGCAGGAGAUUUAUUUUGAGAGUGGAUCCGACCGCCCUGACCUACUCUCUAAGGAAUUACGUUUCAUCGGAUCCGACGAUUGCCAGAUGGCUGACGUACAUCUGGAUGUUCAAUUUCGAAUUAGAACGGAUUCCUAGUAGUAAGAACCGGGCAGACGGGCUGAGUCGGAUCAACUGGGAUAAGCAGGAAGGGGAGGCGGUGGAGAAUACGCCCCCAGUUGAUGGAUUUCUGGAUCAGGAAGAAGAUGUUCAUCUCCAUAUCAAUAAGUGGUCGCCGCGAGUGCCCAGCUGUGUAGGCUAUCCUAUUUGGCAAGCGCCGAGCGGAUAUGAAAGGAGGACCGAGCUGGUCCUCAAACCCUUUAAAGAAGAGGAUGCCUGGGGCGGUAAGGAUGUUCAGUGGAUGAUGGAAUUAGUGUUGGCCAGCCCGCAUAGCCUGGUGGAGGAUAUGAGGACAAUUGAGGAAGGACCUGGCCAGGUAGAACGACAUGAGGACCUGAUGGGUGGAAUGUAUCUCCUCGUCAAUACGUUAUUGCAGGAAAGCCUAGACCAGUCAGGCUCGUUGAACCCGGCAGGGGAUGUGGACGAAAUACCCGAGAGCCAGGACGACGAGUUCGAGGAAGGGGAAAUUAAGGAAGUUUUUCGUGCAGAGGAGUACGACGGGAUCUACCUAGAGCUCGGGCUUCUUCUGUCAUGUGAAAUGCGGCUAAGAGAUGCGAGCGAUAGGGCUCAAAGGAUGCUGCAGCGCUACUUAGUGCGAGACGGUCACCUUUUCGUGAGAAGGGAAUUGGGGAAUUUCAGGAGAGUCGUCUGCGGUAGGAAUCGUCAGAUCGACGUCGUAGCAGCGCUUCACGAUGGUAUUGCAGGAGGACAUCGAGGGGUACAAGCCACGUAUGCCAAGAUAAGUCUGACUUUACGAAGACAACCAUGCCAAGAGGAGGAAAAGGGGACACGACCGCCUCAGAGGCCGUUGGGCGCAUCAGGAGGAUACGAGCGGCAUGGGCCUCGCCAUCGAGAGAGUACUCCAGUCUACAAUGAUGGGGACAUCGAGCUAUUCUUGGACAGUUUCAGGGAGCAUGCGAGGCGUAUGGGCUGGACCGUGGCCCAAGCAAUCGAGGGACUGAGGGGAGUCGGCAGAUUCGAGGAGCCCGUCGCGUGGAUCCGUAGAGAGGCAACGACGAGAUCAGAGGUGGAGUGGAGGAUGCGGGAACUGCGACCCUCGCCUGUGGGACCAGAUGGCAGGCUGAUCCGUCUAGAGAUCGGAAACGUGGCAGACUUCAUCCCUGCUUUCGAGUGGGCACAUCUAAGAGAGGCCUUUCGACGGCCAGAGCCCGCCCAGCCCAGAAUCGAGAGACGUCAGAGGAGUCAGAGGUCGAGGGAUCCUGAGCCCAGGGAGGUGAGACCGUCUCGGGGAGGACGGAAGGCCCUUGCCAGGAGAGAGGAGGAGCCGAAGCGGGAGCCAGAGGUUGAAGAGCGAGGGGCAUAUCCUGAGUGUGGGUUGGGACCAGUGGAGUUCCAUCGUUUUACUGAGGGUGGGUUGAGAUGGUCACCAACACACACACGGGAGGAGCCGCCAGUGUCUGAAGGUCCGUUGAGGGAGUUGGAAACGCAUCUGGAUAUCUCUCAGUGGAAAGCGUCGCCUCAGGAUGAGAAGCAUGAAGAGCAAGUAGAAGGGGUGCCACGAGAGGAGGUACCACAAGAGGAGGUGCCACGAGGGGAGGUGCCAUGUGAGGAGGUACCACGAGAGGAGGUGCCACGAGAGGAGGCGCAGGGUACUCAGCAAGAGAGCAGGCUAGGCGACAUGGGGAGACGUGCAGGGAAGGAAGUGAUAGAGGUUGGAGAGGACACACCCCCACAGGUGCCAGCAAUGGGUUUGAGACUCGGGGAUGCACCAGAGAGCGUUUGUCAGGCAGAGGAGAGAUUGCGGAAAGAGGAGGCCCCACUUCCUUCAUCAGAGAGGGCUUCAUCGCCAGAGGGGAGAGCUGGCAGGAGGAGAGAAAGGGCAGCUGUAAGAAGGGAAGCCUUAAUCCUGAUUGAUAGGCACCUAGCAGCUUAUGCCCUGGAGUAUCCAGACCUGGAGGAGCCAGCACCUGCUGAGCCGCGCCGGGAGCCGUACCAACCCGAGAAGGAGAUGGAAGCAGAAAGUCCGGAGAGGGUCGACCUCCGCACGAGGAAAAGGGCGCCAGCUGGAGAGACGGCUGAAGAAAAGAGGGCAAGAAGAACUAGACGGAUAGAUGAGAUAUGGCAGGAGAGACAGAGGUUGGAGGCUGCGGGGGAGCUCCCGGAGCAGCAGCAGGAGAGGCAGAGAUCGGAGGCAGCAGGAGCACUCCCAGGUCAGCCACCCAGCGUGCCAGCCAGGGCCCCAAAGAUCCCUGAGAUAUGGAGGGACUUUUGGGAGCAGAGAGGAGAGGAGCUUCCAUCGCCAGUCAGAGCCGGGUUUGGGGUGGCGAGGAAGGCGGAAGAAAGGUAMGAUCGUAAAAUCAAGUUCCUGGCCAAGACCACUUUUGACCGGCACUUGUUAUUGGAGGGCGAUCUGGCGGGGAAGAAAAUGAAGGAAGYCAGCCAUGGAGUACGUCUGGAGGCUAUGGAGAUGGAAAUUCAGGAACUUAGGGCUUUGGUGGCCAGCCAGGCAGCUAUCAUUGAGAGCCUGAGGCAGCAAACCCAGGAAAAGGUGGACAGACCAGAGAGCAGCCAGCAGGGAGAGCAGAGGCAGCCAGGACAGGGAUUGCCAGGACAGCCAUUUGCGACAGAGCCUCGCCAGGAGCCACCUAUGGGGAGGGUUAUCCUGGAGUCAGAGGAGGCGAGAGCACAGAGACAGGCAGAGAGAGAGGCGUUCGAGUUCAGAGCCCCUACCGAGCUUGCGACACUGCCAGUAGCAGCGGCGGGCCCAGUCGUACCUUUGGUAGUAGAGGAGGGGCUGCCACCAUCUAGAAGUGAGCCGGCUCAGGGCUCAGUAGAGGAAUCCAUGGGCGUGCUCCUUGAGGCGGUGCAUGMUAUGCAGGAGGAGGKGAGUUUGUUUUCACCUGAGCAGAGGAUAGAGGAGCCUCUUGAGAGAGAGAUGAAGAUUGAGGAGGAGGGUGUCAUCGAGGGCAGACUCCAGAGGAUAGGCACACCUGAGUAUGGACCAGAGGAGAUUGAGGAGCUGCCCACGGCAGUGCCAGGGGCAACACUCGAGAGGAGGCCUCAGAGGUUGAACACGUACGAGUACGUCCCAGCGACAGAGGAUUUGAGAGGCAGAGUAGGAUCUUGGGCUACUGGAUCUGGGUCUGGUGGACCGGUUCCGGGGACAGAGCAGCAGGAAGUCGUUAGUACCGCAGCUCCUCGAUCAGAGCAGCAGGGGGGUGUCGGUACCUUGGUGGGAUCUCCUUCAUUGCCACCUCCUCAGCCCAGGAAGCAGAAGUUCAAGAGAAAGGUAGAUCAGCUAUGUUUUUACUGCAAGAGGGACGUGCAUCUGGCUUUGGACUGUCUCGAGUUUCUUGAGGAUAAGGCAGCAGGGAAGAUUUCAGAGAACAACGUGCCGAAGAUCAAGCUCAUCCGAAAGGGAGACAAUACCAUCUACGUCCAAUGCGGCCAUAUUCUGCACCGAGAUGGGUACGACACCCGCCCAGUGAAGGUCGUGAACUCGGCCAACUGCGCGAUUCUCCAGGGGCAAACGUGGAACACGAAUGCGUGCCAGCAUCGGCUGUACGGCAAUGGCAGGCACCUUGCCUCUCGCGAGUUCAACGUCGGCAAUCCCAGUGACUUCCUCAACGCGUGCAUCAAGGUCCAGAUCAGCGCGGCGCAGUACGAGGACGGAGGAAACUUCAACAACGGUCACAAGAACCCUAGGGCCUGCAUCGUGGUGAAGACGGACAAGACCUUCGGGUAACUGCCGUGGAUCGGCCGAGAUUCG